AUAACCGAACAGCACACUCCAACAACGCUCGGAGUUUCCGGACAUUCUGGGGUGUCGAAAGCGCGAACGUGCUCUUCAUAUCUAGGGUCUUGCUGGUAACUCCAGCGAUCUGUUUUGGGUCUUGAGUAUAGCAGUCCAAAUGAUGCCUGAAUAUUGUUCAGUCCCAAAUAAUAUUCCAUAUGGAUGUAGUUUUAUAGAAGAUCACUCAAAAUAUAAGUGAAAGCCACUCUUCCAAUACUUGAUUGGUUUGACUCUAUUUGAUAUUGAUGAUGUAUUCAUACUCGUGUUGACUGAAUCCGGCAUUUGCGAAGUGUUUCCGAAGCCAACUGCAAGCUCAGUUUUAGUUUUCUUUUUUUUAAAGAAAUGUUCAAAUGCGCACGCUUUGAUUGCUGUACCGGAAACCACUCCAAACGAACCGCAUACGUAUUAUCUUAUCGCUUUUUGUCACCGAGCGCGGAUUUCCCAAAGGUAUGAUCUUUUUGCCACCGUCCUUCUGGGCUAACGUCCAACUUAGCCGGAGUUGGAGGCUCGUGUUUCAAACGAGGCACACUUCCGGGGGCCACAGCUCUGCAAGACGGAAAAGAGUGGUUAUUACUGGCAUAGGUCUAGUGUGUCCUCUGGGCGUAGGGACGGCUCGACCCUGGAACAACCUCAUUAAGGGCCAGAGCGGGAUUGUGGCGCUGAGCUCGGAAGAUUACAAAACCGUCCCCUGCAAAGUGGCGGCCUUAGUACCCAGAGGAAAGGCAGAAGGUCAAUUCCAUGAGGAAACGUUUGUAUCUCGCGCAGAGGUCAGUCGCAUGUCACCGGCCACCGUCAUGGCACUUGCAGCUGCUCAGCUUGCCCUGGACGACUCAGGAUGGUCCCCUCAAUCCUCAGAGGAACAACUCGCCACUGGUGUAGCAGUUGGCAUGGGCAUGGUAUCGCUGGACGAAAUCGUGUCGACCUCUGUGACCUUCCAAGAAAACGGCUACAAGAAGAUUAGCCCUUUCUUUGUGCCGCGUAUCCUGGCGAACAUGGCAGCUGGGCACAUAAGUAUCAAGCACAAUUUGAAGGGCCCUAACCACGCUGUGUCCACAGCGUGCACCACGGGCGCACAUGCCAUCGGGGAUGCGGCGAGGUUUAUUACCCAUGGUGAUGCAGUUGCUAUGGUUACAGGUGGGACAGAAUCCUGCGUUGGUCCUCUGGCAAUAGCCGGGUUCGCAAGAGCACGCGCUCUCGCCACCAGAUGGAACGACGAUCCCAAACUGGCUUCGAGACCCUUCCAUCCGGAAAGAGAAGGCUUCGUGAUGGGCGAAGGAUCGGCUGUGCUCCUGCUGGAAGAACUGGACCACGCAGUAAAGCGUGGGGCCAGAAUGUACGCCGAGGUGUUGGGGUACGGACUCUCAGGAGAUGCCAGCCACAUUACCACACCCGCUGCGGAUGGAGACGGGGCAUUCAGAUGCAUGGCAGCUGCCAUCCAAGAUGCUGGCAUUUCUCCUGAAGAGGUGUCUUAUGUGAAUGCCCACGCCACAUCCACACCUUUGGGCGACGCAGCGGAAAACGCUGCCAUCAAGAGGCUCUUUCGUCGAAGUGCAGGAGCAUUGGCUGUGUCCUCCACCAAAGGAGCCACCGGACAUUUGCUCGGGGCUGCAGGCGCUCUGGAGACGGCAAUCACCGCUCUGGCUUGCUACCAUGGUAUCCUGCCCCCGACCCUCAACCUGGACUCCACCGAGCCAGAGUUCAACCUCAAUUACGUUCCCUGCGUAGCGCAGCCAUGGCAGACUUUGGGCAGAAGGGUGGCCCUCACGAACUCGUUUGGAUUUGGAGGAACGAACGCCACGCUGUGUAUUGCCAACAUCUGAAGCGUAAAACCAAAACCGUAUUGCCAACAUCUCAAGCGUAAAACCAUCUCGAAAGACAGACGCUGUACACAUUACAUACAUUUGUGACCCGCCUGCUACACUCAUGAAAAACACAUCAUGUCAGCCAUUCACAGAAAGCUCGGGGUGCUCCGCAGCCGCACAUUGAAUUCAAAUGUGCCUCCUUCCACUUAUGAACCAACAAGAGGCCGUGGAGCAGUACCUCGUGGUGGAAACCAAACACCCAUGUUGGUCGGCGAAGGCUGAAACGCCGCUUCCGACAUAUUGUCAGCAAAUGUUACCUCAUCACCAAAAUCUCACAUCAUUGGGAAGCAUUUCGAAACGCCUUUUCAAAGCACGGCCGUGCGACUUCCCAUCAGUUUCGUGCUGUGUUGUGAUUGGACAUAUGCAGCCUGAGAUAUGACAAAAAUUAAUUCUAUCAAUUAUUCCAUCGAUUGAACCAACAAUCAGAUGAAGGAUUUUGCAUUAGCUCGCUGCGGAAUCUUUGUUUUCUGAUGACUCUUUGUUUAUGAACCAAUUACUAUUUGGUAUUUUGCUUGAAAGAUUCUGAAACCAAACCAAAUAAACAACAAUGAAGCAAUAUCACACGAGAGCGAAUGAUGUAGGCCUCCUCGCCAACGUGGACAGAGCUUCUUUUUGGGUGCUGAUUAUUGCAAAAGGCUACUAGUUUUAUACACACUUCCGGUGUUCCCCACAGGACCGGAAUGUAUUAGCGGUGGUGGGUAUCCGGCGUUUUGGGGUGUGGGUUCAAGUUAAACGGACACUUCGCCAAUAACUCGUAAUACGAUCGGUCAAUCAAUACAAAGGAAUUUAAUAUAAAAAUGUUACGCUUGACGCCAUUGUACGUUCCGUGGAAUCAUGCUGACGCAACUUUUGCAGCAUUUAUGGAAGCGCGAUAUAGGUUUUGUCUUAUUAUGAUGAAAAAAAUAAAACUAAUAAAAAGCUUUAACAAUCACAUUAGAGACAGAGGGAAUGAUAUGUAUGUGUACGUAAGAUUCGGAAGUGGGUGACAGAACGCUUCCAAUGUUCCGUUUCCGCUGCCGACCGCCUCGCUCGCCUCGCGGCGGCCAAGCUAGAAGAGCGAAUCGCUUCAUACGCUGAUUCGGUUCAGUUCGUUCACUCAAAAAGAUUCGUCCUUCUGAACGCUACAAAGCGGAAAUAGAAAACACUUGUUUGCCACAUGGCGAUUGUUAGAGGUUAGGAAAAAUACUGGCGAUAAAGGAGGUGGUCCACUUGUUUAUGAAAUAGGAAUCAACAACACGAAGGGGGAUAUAAUUUACCUGUGAAGCCAAUGCAUGGGAUAAACAAGCAAGUACAUUUUUCAGUAAUUCCGGAUGUCUGCCUAAAGAUGAGGCAACUUGUCGCAUCGCCUCCACUCAUGCUUGCCCUAUAAAAUUGCAACAGCAAAAAAAGACUUGUUGUCACUGCAACAGCAGAGUUCAUAUUUAAUAUCAACAUUGAAUCUCACUUAACUGCACUCACAGGCAGAAACCUUGACGAUGCGCAAAGAAUUUACAACUGUCGCCGCUCACGUGCCAGGAGGGCGAUGGAGACCAGCUUUGGCAUCCUGGCAGCACGAUGACGAAUCCUGAGAUGAGCAAUUCAAUUCCAUUCAGAUAAAACUGUUCGAGUUGCGAAGACACAUGUGGCUCAACACAAUUACAUCAGCAACACAGAUGCUGAAACCCCCCCCCCCCCCCAGCCACACGCUACAUUCCAUCCAGGUUUUCUGACUCUUAACACCUGCAGGUCAUGUUGUCCAUGGAGAACGGAGCAGAGCAGUAGCAGGCGGACAGCGAUUUUCCCCUGGCGUCUCCUCCCGCUGGGACGCGCCCGGAACACCUCACCAGGGUGGCGUCCGGGAGGCAUCCUAAACAGAUGCCCGAGCCAC